UGCGCCUGCGCCCGCGCGAGGGGCGGAGUCUCGGGGGCGGAGCCGCCGCCAUCUUGGAGCGGGAGGCGGAGCGAAGCAGACAGGGAGGGAGCGACCGACCCGGGCCGCUGCCGCCGCCAUGAACCCCGAGUAUGAUUACCUGUUCAAGCUGCUCUUGAUCGGCGACUCAGGUGUGGGGAAGUCCUGCCUGCUCCUGCGCUUUGCUGAUGACACGUACACCGAGAGCUACAUCAGCACCAUCGGGGUGGACUUCAAGAUCCGGACCAUUGAGCUGGACGGCAAAACCAUCAAGCUGCAGAUUUGGGACACAGCGGGUCAGGAGCGCUUCCGGACCAUCACGUCCAGCUACUACCGGGGGGCCCACGGCAUCAUCGUGGUGUACGACGUCACCGACCAGGAAUCCUACGCCAACGUCAAGCAGUGGCUGGAGGAGAUCAACAGAUACGCCAGCGAGAACGUCAACAAGCUGCUGGUGGGCAACAAAAGCGACCUCACCACCAAGAAGGUGGUGGACAACCCCACUGCCAAGGAGUUCGCUGACUCCCUGGGCAUCCCCUUUCUGGAGACCAGUGCCAAGAACGCCACCAACGUGGAGCAGGCCUUCAUGACCAUGGCCGCCGAGAUCAAGAAGCGCAUGGGCCCCGGGGCGGCCUCGGGGGGCGAGCGGCCCAACCUCAAGAUAGACAGCACCCCGGUGAAGCCAGCCAGUGGAGGCUGCUGCUAGGGGGCGGAGCCGGGGCCCAGGGCGGGAGCACACCUUUUUUCAGAUGAUGCCCCGGAGGCCGGAGGCCCCCGCCUCCCCCCAUCCCCACCCAGGGGCAUUUGAUUCUGUGGCUUGGGGGCCCACUCCCACCCGACCUCCCUCCCAUAGCCCUCCUUCCAUCUUUGCUGCGGGCACGGGCAGGGGCAGCUGAGCGAGCCUCCAGGCCUUGCUCUGGGCACUGCUGCCUCCCUAGUCCUUGGAGAGCCCUUCCCCGCAGCCCGGGCCUCCCCCCAGCUUUCCUGGGGAGGAUCUGCCUUGUUCCCGGCUCGCUCCCCCUGCUUUCCCUCAGAGCUGCAGUGAGUCCUGGGUAGCCUGUCCCCCAUUCCCGAUCCCCCGCACCCCUUGGCUCUCAUUGUCCGAGAGCCAGACCUGAGGCCCAGACUGUGGGGAACGUGGGUCCUGGGCAGGAUGGGCCAGACCUCAGGAGGGAGCAGCCCUGGGACCCUGGCUCCCUUCCCCCUCUUCCUGCACCCCCUCAGCCUGCCCCCCCUGCCUUGAGCUUGCAGCUCCAUCCGUCCAUAAUGGCUUGGGGGGGGGGGGGAGAGCAGGCUUUGCACAAAGCCAGAGAGGCUUGGUUUGUGCUGGAGGGGCCCCCAGGGCCUCCCUCUGCCCCUGGUGUGCUGGGCACCGCUCCCCUUCUUGGCCUGGGGGGGAGGGGGAGGGCCCACUGUGGCCGGCUCCCCACCCCCCCUCUGGGGGCUCCCCUCUCCCCCUCCGGCUUACUCACUCCUGGUUUUUUCCUCCCCCAGGAUAGAGUAAAUGGUAUUUCUUGCCUUGGCUCCAUGACUUGUGUGCGCCCCCCCCCC